AUGGUCUGCACUCUGGAAGGCGGCCUGCCACACUUCGACGACGAGCUCAUCCGCGCCGCUGAAAGCCGCCGUCGCGGCCGCGGCAUCAAACGCCAGGUCGCAGUCCAGCCGCAGCCGGAUGUGGAAGCGGCGGAUGCGCGGGAGCACGGAGCGUUCCCGGAUGGGCGGGUACCAUGGCCGCAGGCGCGGAAAGGAGGCAAGGAGUGUGGCGUGUGCGAGGAAUAUGUUGUUGCCGUAGAGAAUGGGCGUCCCCUCUGUAUGGAUUUGCCGGGGAGGGUGGAUAAGAAGGAGAAGGGCAUAGAUGUCGAGACGAAUCUCGCAAGCGAGUAG